UCACACUAAGAUCAUUCACCACACCACCGAAACAGAAUAUAAAUCUGCAGAUACACAGACACUUUCGAAGCAAUAGAUCCAAGACGCCAAUCGGGAGGAUAAGAGAUUCCGAUGUCGGAGCAUUGGUCCUUGUCAGCCUCCCGAUCUAGAUGGUUUUCCGGCAACGGAUGGAGCUCGACGGGGUACGGGCGGUGGCGUUGGCUGACGUGGAGGAGGCCUGAGCUUAGUUACCUAUCGAUGGUGGUGGACGAUGUAGUAUGGAGAGUGGUGACAGCGUUCGAGUCCGUGGCGUUGAUAUCGAUGCUCUGCUUUUUCUUCCUCUUUUGCGGCUGCACCGUCUGAUUCGGCUGCGGUGCAGGGAUUCACGUUUGAUGACGCAACGAUUUUGGCGGUGGAGGAGGCGC